GCGAGGGAGCUUUCACAGCGAAUAAAGGGAAACUUGAGAGUGUAGCAGCGCAGACGUCAUUGCGUUGGUGGGAGAGGACGCCAGUCGGGAUUCACUGAGGGGAUCGUCGCAUCUCUCGGCGAACAGGCCUGUGCGGGAGAGGCGGCAGCGGCACGCGAAGAGCGCGGGAGUCGGCCGGGAGCGAGACCGCGCCACCCCGAUGAUGAAGUGGCCUUGUUGCGCCGCCGCCGCCGCGGCUACAGGCCCGAGCGCGGUGUCCGACACCGCCGCCGGUCGACACCGGCCACGACACGGCUGCCUUAGGAGCGAAAGCACCUGCCGUCGACGAAGACAGCCCUGGGAGGGGCGCGGCUGUAGCCCAGAGGGGGGUGAUGCCUCUGCCGGUGCCCCGGCGAUGGGGUGGUGGCAGGAGGGCCGGAGACAUCAUGGCAUGGCGAAGGUGGGCGUGGCGUUAGGGGUAGCGCUAGCGGCGGGGUGCUGCGCACCGGCGGCGAGGGCCGCGUCGGCGGGGGCGUCCCACUCGUGCACCGUGCUCGUCGGGGGAACGAUCAAGUGCUGGGGGGAGAACUUCUGGGGCCAGGUUGGGCAGAACGACAACCUCGUCAGGGGCAAGAACGCCUCCGACAUGGGCGACGACCUCCCCUACGUCCAGCUGGGCAUCUUCGAGGCCGACAUGGUGGCCUCCGGCAGCGAGUUCAACUGCGCGCGCUCGGUCGACGGGGAGGUCAAGUGCUGGGGGCGGAACACCGCCGGGCAGCUGGGCCUGGGGGACAACGAGACCCGGGGCGGGGUGAACGACGUCUUCGAAAUGGGCAACGACCUCCCGGUUGUGGACCUGGGCACCGGGGUGACGGUGGAGAGUAUCGGGCUCGCGGGGUCCCACGCCUGCGCCGUGACGCUGAUCGGGCUCGUCAAGUGCUGGGGGGAGAACGAGGGGGGUCAGCUCGGGCUCGGGGACAAGCUGGCCAGGGGGAACCUGACAGGCCAGAUGGGGGACGACCUGCCCUACGUUGACCUGGGGACCGGGGUCCUGGCGUCGUCGGUGGCGCUGGGAGCGAGGCACACGUGCGCGGUUGUCGAUGACGGCGGCGUCAAGUGCUGGGGGAACAACGACGGUGGCCAGCUGGGGUACGAAGACACGGCCGCUAGGGGCACUGCUGCCGGCGAGAUGGGGGAUUCCCUUCCGUUCGUAGACCUUGGUCGCGACCAGAAGGCGGUUUCGGUUGCGGCGGGAUUCUUCCACACGUGCGCGCUGCUGUAUACCGGCGACAUCAAGUGCUGGGGUUUUGGGUCGAACGGUCAGCUUGGUCAGGGCACCAACGAAUCCAUCGGGACCUCGGCGGGUACCAUGGGAGACAACCUCCCGCCUAUCGACCUUGGCACCGGCAGCACGGCCAUUGCUAUGUCCCUUGGAGGGACGCAUUCAUGCGCAGUGCUAGACGACUACACGGUGAAGUGCUGGGGCGGCAACAGCGUCGGUACGCUGGGCCUUGGCGACGUCCUCAACCGCGGCGCGGAACCGGGCGAGAUGGGAGACAACCUCCCGGCGGUGGACCUGGACUUCGGCACAGGAACCGGAGCGGUGUCCAACGUCUUCGCCGGUAGGUUCCACACUUGCGUGUCCGGCACCGAGGGCGGGCUGGUCUGUUUCGGACUUAACUCCGGGGGUCAGCUCGGGGCCGGCACCGACGAGACCAACAUCGGCGAUGAACCUGGAGAGGUUGCCGCGCUUUCGUCCGUCAGCCUGGGGACGGACGAGGUGGCGGCGGUCAUUGCGGCCCCCGGGGAAGGGUUAGCCUUGAAGACUAUUUCGCCGACUCCGGCGCCCACCGCAGAGAGAUUGACGACUCCACCGGUGAUUAUGACUCGGUCACCUGUCGCGCUUACGGACGCACCGUUGGGGGGGGGGCGCGAUUCGGGCCCGGCGGACUUGGAAGAAGGCAACGGCGAUAGCGGCGACGGAGGAGACGCUGGUACAAUUGCUGCCAUCGCCACGGCCGCCAUCCUCAUCCCUGGCUUCGUCCUCGUCGGCCUCUUCUGCUGCUACCGCCGCCGCAAGCGGAAAGAGGGAGAAUUGAAACGGCCAUCGGCCGCCGUUGGCGCGGGUUCAGGCGGCGAGUCUGGGCGGGAGUUCGGCCGAGAGGACUCGUUCACCUCCUCAGAAAACAACGUGGAAGCCAACGGCGAAGGGCCCACAGACACGCUAGCGAACAAGCCCCUCGUGAAACCCCACGCGCUGCAGUCCACGGCGCCGAUGACGGGCGGACAGCAAGCAGGCGGCGAGGCCGCUACCGCUGCCACCGCCGCCACCGUUGGAGACUCCGCCGAAGGCCUGCCGAGACCGCCUACCGCGGCCGCGGUCAUGGCCCCAGGAGCCGCGAUACCGGCCGGUACCCCCGCCGCAGGAACAGCAGGUGGCGACGAUGAUGACUCUUCACGGUCAGACCUCGAAAAUCCAGGCAGGCUUCGGAGGACCGGGUCGAACUCGUCGAUCAGCACCCUUGGGUCCACGUCGACGGCGUCGUCGACGUGGCCGAACGACGGCUUCGUUACCCCGGCGCGGAAUAACAUCCCGCGGGGAGCCGGCGGCGGACGGUACGGGUUGGGCGGGAUCGGGGGGAAGGGGGGGGAGGGGCUGCCGCCCGGGUACAAGACGCCCGGGAACCUGUCCGCUGCCACGCCCAACAGGGAGAUGACGAUCCCGGAGACGCCGUCGCCGCGGUCGGUGUCCAGCUCCGUGCACGGAACGCCUGCGCCACCCGGCAUGAGGAUCGCACAGUUCCUAAGGGUGGGCGGGGGCGGCGGCGACACGAGCCUUUACGGCCUCCCCGAGAUGGAGAUCGGCCGAUCCACGAGCAACCUCUACGAGAGCAAUCCUUCCGGGAGCAGCUGGCCAGUGGGCAGCAAGGGCGGAGCUCCCCCGACCGCCGCCUCUAUCGCCGCCGCUGCCGCCGCGACCGGUUCCGCCCAGCCGACGCCCGGCGACGGCGCGAAUCCUUCGCCGAUCAACAAUGCGACUGCUACCUCGCCGACCGCGGAACUCGAUACCGGCGGCCGUAUGUCUAACCGCUCGAGCCGGACGGCCGGCGCGUCCCCGACAACGUGGGGGGCGGGCGGGGCGUGGGGGGACAGGGAGGGCGGGGGGGGCAUGGGAGCGGAGGCCGCGGCGCAGGCGUUUACGGAGGAGGCGGAGCUGGAGGCCCUGCAGAUCGACAAGAACGACCUCAAGCUCGUGUUCGGGCGACCGUUCGCGAGAGGGAAGUCCUCGGAGGUGUAUCAGGUCACCCACGCCGGCAAGAACCGAGCCGCCAAGAUCAUCGACCUCUUCUCGCUGGGCGUCGUCGGCGAGGAGGUGACUCGCCUAUACGAGGCCUUCGCGCAAGAGCUAAGAGCGAUGAAGGGCAUUCGCCACGAAUGUGUGGCGGCUGUUUACGGCGCGGUUGCGACGCCGUCGGAGCUGACGAUCGUGACGGACCUGGUGAAGAGAGGGCCGCUGAGGACACUCCUCACCGACAAGAAAAAACGAGAGGGGCUCACGCCCGCCAUCCGACACAAGAUCAUCAAGGACGUGGCGAGCGGCAUGGGCUACCUCUAUGAGCAGGGGCUGCAGCACCGGAACCUCCACAGCCACAACGUGCUCGUCACCAAGGAGUGGGGGGCCAAGGUGGCCGACUACGGCUUGGCUCGCACUAGCGAGGUUAUGCUGGGAGCACACGACCGUGCCAAAAGAAAGUCGAAGUCCCGGUCGCGGCCGCCGCCCCCCAAAGUCGGCGCCCUUCGGUGGAUGGCGCCGGAGCUGUUGCAGGCUUCCGCAGACAGAUCUGCGGACUUGUUCACGGAGGCUAGCGACGUCUACAGCGUCGGAGUGAUCGCCUGGGAAGUGCUGUGUGGCGGGUCCAAGCUGCCGUACGAUGGCAUUGCCGACGACAAGGUGAAGUCGAUGAUCAUCGAAGGGAGCACGCCCCCGGUUUCGAUGGAGACUCCUAUCGUCUACCACAAGCUCAUGCUGCUGUGCUGGCGAAAGAACCCGUCAUCGCGGCCUUCGUUCUCUCAGAUGGCCUCAGUACUACUCAGGGACCCCCCACCGGUUGGCAAGGCUUCGCCCCGAGUACCAGCGUCGUCACCGUCCUGACCUAAAGAGAGAGAAUAAGUACCAUAGCACCUCCACCUAUCUGUCGAGAGAGGGAGUUUGCGUUUUUUCUUCCACUUUUUUUUUCCAAGGCGGGUCAUUUCGACUUGAUGAGAAGGGGAGUAAGUAACAUAGCCACCUCAGCCUGCCUGCUGCCGAGAGUUUGACUGCUUUUUCUUUCUUUUUUUAAGACGAGUCAUUUCGACUCGUGGUUGGUCUGGUAGAGUGUUGUACCGAUCGAUAUCUAUGCUGUCGGUGUACUUGCAUGCGAAGAGAGACGUGGUUUUUUCCUGUUAUGUUUCCGUCCAUGAUUUAUUUUAAUAGUAACAUAGAAGGAGCGUUUUUCCGUUCUUCCUUCGUAUGGAUGCUUUUGCAGCAUGUGAGGAUGACGAAGCGUCCCUUUUUUUGCGUCGGGAAGGGGAGGGGGGAGGGGAUUUUUUUUGCGGUGCACGGCGGCAACUGAUCGCCCCCCUCGUUUGGAGAUUUACAGUGGAUGAUGAUGGCCACGAAGACGUUGCUUUCUGUGCUGCUGAAAAAAAUGGUUUCCAGGAACAACGGAAAAUAACAGAGGGUCGGAAAUCUGCGUACUAAGACGGCACAUCGUUCGGCCUCAUUCGUGUGAGCGGAACUAGGGGGGUGGGGGGGGUAGACACCAGCCGUGUGGCCCCCUCGAUGUCGGCGGCGUGCAUGCGUGAUGCAUUGAGGUUGCGGUGGCGCCCGCCCGCCAACCCAGACCUCGUUUCGAAGAAAUGGGUCAGGAUGAGAUGCUUGCGUGUGUAGUUCCGGCCCGGAAAUAGCAGUACCGUGCAAUAUUGUUCGUUGACGGGCCGAUAGUUAUUUGUUGUUGAGUGCAAAGUGUAGCGGUGUGGGGCAUGAGCGUUGAUCGGCACGCGCGCGCCUCCCUUUUUGAUCACCUGCUGGGAUUGUCGCUUGUCUUUUUCAUUUCUGUACUCCAUCUGUAGUGGGUCCGACUUGUGCGUAAUGGGAUGAUUUGUACUCUAGGGCAUUUCUAGAAGGGUAACAUGGGUGAAAUCCGUUGUUGCCCGGGGCGGGCGGAGGGACGUCGUUUGCUUUCGGUUUUACCUGCCGCGCAGGCUGUUGCCUCGCGAGUUGUCGUCUCCCGUUUCAUUUAUGUGCUCUCUCGAAACGUAUGCGGCCUGUAUGUGGAGUGAGUGCUGUUUAGUUGUGGAUGUAGUCGUCGCCUGGGUGUUGAUGAUGUUUUGUUGGACGCAUGUCAGAGGAGAGAAUUGGGUGUUUUGUGUGUAGCCGUGGCUCGGGAGGACUUGAUGAUCGCCUUUGUUUUAAGCUGGACUGUGUGUUGCAUAUUGGGCUAAGAAUGCCAUGUGCUCGUUUGUCGUCGACGAAUUUUCCCGGAAUUUCUCCCCGACCGGUGCACACAAUGUGUCGGCGACGACGAUGACGUAUCAAGAGUUACAUGCGCUGCUGUUAAAGUCUUGCCGCUCCUGCUUGUGAGUUCAUUCCUUUCUUCUAGUAAAAUAGUCCAAGCAUGGCUGCAUUUGCACGUGUCUUUCACCCCCGCUCCCUACACGCCGUGCCCCGCGUUUCUGGCGCCCUGUAUCCACAUCAUGGGUAUUGGUUCCUCUCGGCCUUUUGGCGAAACGGUUUCUUUUGUCAUCGAUUCGAUGGUGGAGUGAUGUCGCCAGACUCGGUUAUGGGUGCUGCGUGCGCGAGUAGUCCGAUGAUGACUUGCUGGCUGUUUUUGGUAACGCCAGCCCAGCAGGGAGGGCGGGGGUCCAGCCGCGGGUGUUUCUGUGCGGGGGGGGGGGGCUGUACUCAUGGUCGUCCAUGCCGUAGUCGUUUGGGGGGGGGAGUCUUUGCAUGUGUAACGGUGUACCUGCGUCCGGUAUUUUGUUUUCUCUCUUUGAUGUUAAUUGGCAGUGUUGGUCGUUUUUGUACAAAAGCGGUGUGGCUUUUGGUGUUGUUUCGAUUUGUCACUCGCUCACCGCGACGAUGCUGUUUUGCGCCGUCUUGGAGUAAAAUGUCAGGAGAUGAAUUGUAGCUUUUUUUCUCGGUUGCUUUUUGCUCGUUGCCUCUGAUGUUUGCUGCGUAAAGUCGGCCUCCUUCUGUAUAGCUGGCUUUCGGUUUGAAGUGUUGCUGCUACAGAGAGGUGCAGCGGUUUGAAGUGUACUAUAGUCGUGUGCAGCAAUCCGUUAAUCAUUUAGUCCACAAAACGACAGCAGCAGCAGCAGUGACCAACAAAGGUUAUAAACGGUCUGUCCG